GCAUUGUUUUCGAAUCUUCAGUUGUCCCUCUCAUUCAGACGUCCCACAAGUAUUCCCCCACUUUUUUGUUCAUUGUAUUUUGAUAACCCCGUCUUGUAUCUUACCACUCAUGUAUAGACCUUUCUUCCCAAUAUCACCUUCGGGCCAGCAAGGCGUCGGAUGGGUCGGACACAUUCGGGCUUCCCGAAGGGGCAAGUCAGUAUGAUGAACACCACGCGCACGAGUGCUUCAAUACAUCACCUCGACUCAACCAGCAUGUUUUCCUUCAGAUUAGACUCUCUUGACUUCGCAACCCAUCAUAGAUCCAUACCGAUCACUGUGCUCAUUCGAACUGACUAUUCCAACCAUAUUGACGUUCUUUCAAGCACCACGAAGGUUCCAGCGCGAGCUUGACGGAACCGGGCUUUCAUUUUGUUGGUCCUCGGUCUGUUUUAUCGUCUGAAGGGAGGAUGGCUUCCAUUGCACGCGUGUACUCCACACUAAUGCUUAGUACCCCCUUCGUGCGUGGACUACCGCUUGCACUUGUACCAUCCAAACCUGCAAGCCCCUCUCUUUCGUUCUGCGCCGGAUCUCCCUUUGACCCAAACUUGCAUCCCUUGCACCAUCCACCGUCUCUCUUGGCUACUCAGGGCAGGCCCACAUUUCAUCAACCCUUACAACCAUACGUCAACCGCAAAGACUUGAACUCCUGUAAACGUCAUGUAUAGCUGGCUAUCUCGUAUAUUUCAGGCAGGUCCUGAUGACUCCGAUAAUGCACUUACAAUCCCGGAAGAGGGUAGAGCUCCUGCGCAGAUGGAUCUCGAUACUGCUCAAAGCACCAACGGUUCAAGAGGCCUGGAUAGAAAACCUUCAUCCAUAACCUUGGAACGCGUACGAAGCAAUGGUCCGUCCCAUGUCGCUUGGCUUCCUUCUCCCAAUUAUUCUGGUUCGGGAUCCCUCACACCACGGCCUUGGGGGAGACAACCGAAUGGAUCUCCCUUGCCAUCUCCUUCUCUAUCUCAAGAUUCACCCACUCCGUCGAGGUCAGGAUACUUCGCUCCUCGAACUCCUACAGCUCGGAGAGUGAGUUCGGAAUCGUUGCGCCUGCAAUCCGUCCACUUGUCAGAGACUUCAGACGCGAGUAGUAUCUCGUCUGCCCGGCAGCGCAAGAUGCUUUCCCCUAUUGAGGAACAAGAACAAGAACAGCACGUUCCGACAGUCCAUUUUCCAUCAUCAACGAGAAGACCUUCUUUAGACUCAUUUCCCAGGACUCCGGACUCAGGUUCACACCCUGCCUUCCUUACACGACCACUCAAUAGAACCACAAGCCAGUCCUCCACCAGCACCUUGCUCUCUACUAUUUCAGUAGCAGCACCCUCGAUACCUCCGCUGGACCUUCGUCCGCCAUUUCCAGGCGGCACCCUCCACAUACCCCCACGCAAAUCCCACCUGGCCCCUCCCUCACUUCCAACCGUAGUGGGUAGCCCUCAUUCGCAUGUAUCGGUGAUAUACGAGGGCAAAGCGAAUGCAGGUCAGAUGAGCGUGUCUAGUUUCCAGACUGCUCAGUCGGAUUCUGCCAUCAUGGUCGACGAAAGCGAUAUCACUGAGAACCGUCUUCAUCUAUUUGACCGGGACACCGAGAGGGAUGAGGAGGAGGAUGGAAGGUUUAGGGAUUCAUUGGGUUUGAGAGAAACGUAUGUUUCUACGGAUUUGGAUACGGAGAGCAACAGUAGUAUGACUCCUACGCAGGAUGAGCGGUAUCCGGCUUAUCCUGAGGGGUUGUAUGAAGUCGACCUUGGUGGUGAUUCGCCCUUGACCAGAAGUAGGAAUAUCAGCCCGUUUGACGAUCCUGAUGCACAUAUUCUCGAGCAUCAUCGUCUCGAACAACUCCGACAGAUACACCACGGCGACCAACCCAUCCAACAGCACCAUCGAACCCCGGACAUCCCUAGCAAUGCUUCCCAUCGUACCUUCGCCACUUCCUCAUCUACCACUCGAGUCGAAUUCGCCAUUCACAGUCGAUGGUUGAAAACUGCGCAAUGGGGUGCCCAUCCAUUCACCUGUCCUAAAGGUCCGAAGCAGAGGAAGGUCACUUCUGCCUUUGUACUUUUCUGGAUAGGUUUCCUAGCUCCUUGGUGUUGGCUCAUUGGCGGUUGGUACCUCUCGAGAAGUGGAGAAAUGCUACCCGACAAGAAAGAUCCUUACAAGGUCCAUUGGCCAUGGUCAAAGGAGGAUGUACAUACCGGAUCUGGUGGAAAUGGGAACGUACAAGAGAAGGGUACAGGUGGACAGGCACAGGCAAACGGCGGAGUUGGGGAAAAGUUAAAGUCAUUCUGGCAUCAUCACAUAGCCUCUCAUUCGCGAGAGACGUUACCCAUGUCAACGAAGGAUAUCCCCAAACAUUCUCGGCCUCACCUACGAACUAAACAUCAGUCGCAGAAGACUGCUGGCUACAUUGAUCCGUGGGUCCAUUAUUGUAGGGUUGCAGCAGUCAUCAGUGGAACGCUUUUGUGCGUCGCCUUGAUCGUCGCAUUGGUUGUUGUAUCUGCUUUUCCUUAAUAUUCGAUGUAUACACGCUUAGAGAUACCAGUGAUUCAGAGCCACG